UUCACGGAUUCUCCCUUACUUUGCUGGCUGAAAAUACGUGAUCUAUUCGAUAGAAAAGUGAAUGUGUUCAUUUCCGAUUAAUCAUGUGUGUUGUUUUUCAUUCUGUAGCAUUUCGUCGCAAUUAACACGUAAAAAUGCUGCUAUGAAAAACACAUUGAAAGUGCAUUUAACAGUCACUUUUAUGUGGAUUUAGCGAUAGGGAAAAAGACACUUUUGACACGACUUUGGAUUUGAGAACGAUGACGGAAUAAAAAAUUAACGCCUACAAGUACAGCAUGCGAAAUGGGGUACUCAUGUGAAUCGAAUGAACCUCGUCAUUCAAGUAAAUUUGUCCACUGAACUCCACUAAUUAAUUCCCCUUUCCCCCAACGCCUUCGUUGAAUUCAUCAUCAAUUACUCUGCACUUGUUGAUUAACACAAACACUGUCUUUUCUUCUAAUUUUUGAUGAUCUUAAAACCAAUUAAAAAAAAUUCGUUACAGUAAUUUGGGCGCGAGAACUUGUGGUAGUACCUCGUUGAUUUGUGAACCUUUUUUGCUUCAAGAGGCUGAAAUAGUGAUUGUACACCCAGAGUAUGAAAUCUUCUUAUGGGCUGCCAAUGUAUCAUUAUAUUGCCUCUCACCCGACGAUUGAGAGCGACGUUGAGUGACACCCGGAGCCUGAAAGGGCAGCGACGGUACUUCAGUGGAAAGACACCCCACAGGAAAGGGAGAAGGAUUACGUGGUGGACGACCGCCAUUUUGGAUAUUCCAAAAUGCUCCCGAUGCGACCCCGACCCCAUCCAAUUGGGGGCCAUCACCUCACCCUGGUACUGCUCAUCAGCGUUUUCUGCUGCACAAACGCCUUUCCGUACCAUGUCUACAGAAAACUUCACUCGCGUGCACCACCGGAACCAUACUAUGGCCGCCUAAUAGGACAACUAACUGAAUUUGCUCAUGGCAUUAAGGGUACAGUGUAUGCGGUGGAUGAGUCGACGAUCUUCAUCAAAGGAUUUGCAUACGAUGGACUAGGUCCGGAUGCAUACUUUUGGGUGGGGAAUUCCCCUCGUCCAAGUCCGGAGGGUUACAUCAUUCCAUACCCUGAGGAUUACGCUGGCAGAGAUCCACCCAUUUUGCAAGCGCACAACAACACAGACAUUAUUCUUCGACUACCCAUGGGGAAGAGAAUUCGAGACAUUCGGUGGCUUUCUGUGUGGUGUAGGAGAUUUACGGUGGAUUUUGGUGAGGUAUUUAUCCCACCUGGUUUGGAAGUGCCAAAACCGCGUGUUUUGCCAGAAUUCAAGCGUCUGGCUCAUGGUUUGAGAAGCAGCAAUAUCAGUGUCUUGGACGCAAAAACAUUCUACAUUCCCAAUCUUCAUUACGAUGGAGCUGGUCCGGAUGCCUACUUCUGGGUUGGGAAUGGCAGUGAACCCAACAUAAUGGGAAUCAAAGUGCCCAACGAAAUGGGAUCACUUGAACCCCUUCGUGGCUAUCAAGGGGAGGAUAUUGAAAUUCAACUACCGGGAAAUCUCACAGUUUACGACAUUGAUUGGCUGGCUGUCUGGUGUGUGGAGUAUCGUCACAACUUCGGGCAUGUCUUUAUUCCGUCGGAUUUGGAUGUACCACCGGCUCUGGGACAAACCAAAAUUCCUCCGCCAUGGUGGUAUAAACCAACUACAACAACAGUUAAGCCACAGCACAAUAAUUGUCGAGAAAUGCUGGGUGGACGCCUACAAGUCCAAUGGGAGAUUCAGGGCGAUAAUGUUGUGGUGGAUUUGUUCGGUAGGAUCAAAGAGGACCAAUACAUGGCAUUUGGUUUGUCCGGUACUCAAGGAAGAUCUCAGAUGGUUGGCGGUGAUGUUGUUGUGGCUUUCUAUGAUACAAGCAGGCGCAUAUUCUGGGCAGAGGAUUACUACUUGUCAAGUCUGUCUCAGUGCGAUGGGAAGAAUGGAGUCUGCCCAGAUAGACGUAUUGGGGGACGGAAUGAUGUGAUAAUGAUAUCUGGGGAACGGAAAAAUGGUGUAACUAGAGUUAGAUACACGAGACCACUGCAAACAAAUGAACCCAUUAACGAUCGGGCCAUUCCACUGGAUCGUGAAAUUUCUGUGAUUGGAGCAAUAGGACCACUGAAUUCGGGAAAGGAAGCUAACGCACAUCUACACAAUGGUAUGGAUGCAACCGUUGAUGACAUCCAGAUUAACUUCUCCCUGAAGAACGACCACUCCUGCGUGGCAUCCAUUUACGAUCUCAAGGAAGAGAGUACCCUCAAGCCAUGGCCACAAAUGACAAUAAUAGGCGAUGAAAAUAAUGUAAUUAAUGCAAAGAUUGGACCAACAGGAGGUAAGAGAGGCUACACCGCAAUCACCGGCAAUCCAUCGUGGGGAAUAGCGUGGUUCUUGAAUGAUAUGCUAAUUCCCGAAUUGACUGUUGAACGCGGAAAAACGUAUACAUUUGUCGUGGAAGGUGGCGAUGAGCCGGCACAACCCGCUCGCUACCACCCACUGUACAUCUGUGACUCCUCAGAAGGUGGCUACGGGCAAUUGUCAUCGGCUGAACAGCAGAGACAGAAAGUUUAUGCCGGUGUGGAGACGGAUGCUGAAGGAUAUAAAUUUCCAACUGGAGUGGGGCGCUAUUGCGAAUGGAAACACAAGACUGUCGAUAAAUCAGCUGAAAGUGCAUCUUUUGAGGAUUACAUGAAAACAUUACGAUUGGAAUGCGAGGAUGGCAAGCCAGGUUAUCUAAAUUGGACAGUCGAAAUGGACACCCCGGAUUUAGUAUAUUAUCAGUGCUACACACACAAAAACCUCGGAUGGAAAAUCCACGUUGUUGAUCCCGGAAAAUUGCCACAAACUUCUGGAAAGCACAAUUUUGGUACGAAAUUGCGAGUAUCGAAUGCAAUCUAUUUAAUUGUAUUCGGUGCGUUUUAUAAAAUCUUUUGUGAAAUGAUGUCAAAUUAUAAAUAUGCCUGAUAGUUAAAAGAUCAUCAGUAUUACAUGCAGAAGGCUAAUUAAAUGAAAAGAAUCACAAAAGAUGAAAAUAAAUCAACCAGGCGAUAUCGUAUCAAAACAUAUCUCAAAUCUUGGUAUAUCACCUAUGUGGUAUACCAAUUAAAAUGUGUGAGAGUGCUACAUGAAUGACUGAAUGUGUGGAUUUUCGGAAAAUAUGGAGGUUUUUUCUUAGAUGUGUAAGAGAAAUGUUUGAAUUUCGACAAAAGAGGAAGAUUUUAGUUUAUUUAACAAAGAAAACAUAUCUUUUAUCAUAAAAGCUUCCUCAAUUUUUCUCAAAAAAUUAAAAUAUUUCUAAAAUUGGAAAAUUUUGAAAAAACGUUCAUUCAACAAUUUUGUUGAAUGACUUUGUGAAAGAUUUACGGAUGACAAUAAAUUGUAGUCGAUGACAAUAAUACAAUGUGAAUAAAGAAAAUUUUGAUAAGAAAUUAUUAUGAACAAUAUGGAAGAAAACAGAAAA